AUGCGUGAUCAAUGUACGAAGAACCCUUAUGCCGAAGAAUGCUCACGAAUCAAAACGCAAAUGGAAGACCUUUUACGAAAAUGUCGAGACAUGACAACACCAGUCUCAGCUUGUGAUGAUGUCAAAACCAAAUACUGCUACAUAUUUCCUACUGAACUCUAUUGUUAUUCAUCGAUCAACGUUAAGCCUGACCCCUUUUAUCCACCUUAUAAUGGUGGUGGAUCAGACGAUUGGACGACGAUCCCAUCGGAUUCAUUUGUACUGAAGGAUCGUGGUGAUUAUUGUGUAACCCAUCAAGCGGAACAAAAAUGCAAAAAUCUGUUGAGUGCAUUGAAGCAAAUCCCAAAACUGCUGAGUCAGGCACAAUUUCGUUCUAUGUGUCAUACGCUCCGCGUUCCAUUUUUAGAAGCACGUUACAUUGUAGAACGCGGAGCGUGCGAUACAUAG